AUGAAGGAAGUCUUAUGGUUGUUGACAUGGAUAUUGGGGCAAGACUUCCUCCUUGAGUAUGUUCACUUCAUUGACUACAAAACAAGAACAUUAAGAACUGAGAAAACAGAUGUUCAGUGUUGGAUUGCUAAUGAUAAAGACUCAACAGAAGUUAAAGUGAAAAGAACAGUUUCCAUACCAGCCUUUCAUGGAGUGUGGGUUCCUGUGUCCUUGACUGACUUUGAUAACCCUGCCCUUGCUGAUACAGGUUUCUUUGAACAGCUCCACACAUUUAACGAGGACAUCGAAAUUGUUGAUGGGUUGAUUGAUGCUAGGUCAGACCAAAUAUUAGUCAGUAUAUUGAACCACAGUGAACAUCCUGUCAAGCUUCAAGCAAAGACAACUGUCGGGCUAUGCAGGAGUGCACAUCAUGUGAAUCAACGCAAAAUUCAACACAGUGUAGCUUCAUAUGAUGACACUAGAGAGGACCCGACUUACGAGAAAACUUUACCAGAUCACCUUUUAGACCUAUUCCAGAGAAGUUCUAAGCACUUGAAUGACGAGCAAAAACAAAAAUUAUUUGACUUAUUGAUAGUUUACAAAGAUGUAUUUUCUAUCUCCUCGGAUGAUCUUGGUUGUACAAGAAUUAUAAAACAUAAAAUAGAAACGGGAAAUGAGAAACCUGUAAGGCAGCCCCUAAGACGCCAGCCGAUAACGAAGAGAACUGUUGAGAGAGAGGAAGUGAAAAAGAUGUUAGAAAAGGGAGUUAUAGAGCCCUCCACAAGUGCUUGGGCAUCAAAUCUAGUGUUGGUGACAAAACCUAAUGGAACAACCAGAGCAUGUGUUGACUACAGGACACUAAAUACAAAGACAACCAGAUAUGCAUACGCACUGCCUCGUAUAACGAAUGUCUAG